AUGAAUAUAAAUAAUAGAAAUGAAAAUAAAAAUGAUAAUCUAUUAAAUUUAAAGCUGUGUUCUGUUGAUAUUUUAUCAGAUGAUAAAAAUACUUCUAAAGAAAAAGUAAUUGACAAUAUGAGUAUGUAUGAAAAUAAUAUGUCAUCAUCUUUAAAUAAGGAAUGGUUUGAAAAUAAUAUUGAACAAUAUGCAUGUUAUUUAAGUAGGACCAUAAUGAAUGAAUCUUUUAUUGAAUAUUCAAAUUUAAUAUUAAAUACUGAUAAUAAAAGUCAACGAGAUAAAUCUUGUGGUAAUAUACAACCAACUGAAUGUAGUUCCACGUCAGAUUCAUGUACAGAAAAUAAAGAGCACAUAGAGGAUAAUAAAAUAUUACUUUGGAAAAAAAAAGAUAUUAUAAUGCUCGUGUCAACAUUUUUUAUUAUUAUUUUAAAAUAUUUAUUUUAUAAUUAUUCACUUCAAGCACAUUCAUUGAUAACAUAUAGAAAACAAUUGACGGAGUCAUUAUUUUUAAAUACACCAUGGAUAGUAGAUUAUUCAGAUGGUAAUGAAGCAUCAAUUGACAAAUUACUUUUACAAAGUGAAAUAGUUAUAAUUUAUUAUUAUUCACCAUGGAGUAAACAUUCAAUAAUUCAUGGAGAGGUAUAUGCUAACACAGGAAAGUUGUUUGGUAAAUAUGAAAAUAUUAAAUUUUACGCUGUUAAUUGUUUUGAAUCCAAGGGGGAAUGUAGAAAGACAUUUAAAUUAUAUAAUUUUCCAAUAAUCACAGCAUAUUUAAAUUCAAUAAAAUAUAUUCAAUUUCUUAAUGAUUUUACUGAGGAAAAUUUAUUUAAGUGGUUGAAUCAUUUAUUACAUCCCUUUAAUAGAAUUAAUGACAAAGAACAACUUGAGAAUUAUAUUGGAAAAUAUAAUAGUUUAAUUCUAGGUUACUUUCCAACACGUUCAACACCUUUUUAUAGUGAAUUUGUCUUUAGAUCAUAUAAAGAAUCUGAGAAAGAAGAUUUUUUAGAAAAUAAUAAAUUUAUUGUUACAACUAAUAAUAGUUUGGUAAAUUUAAUUGCUGGAAACAAUAUUACAAGUGGAAUAGUAUUUCAUUUUUCCCGAAAUUUUGAAAACAAUAGUAUAACAAAAAAUACAUUUAUUGAAUCUAUAAGCUCAAAACAAAAAAUACUAAGUGAUUGGAUAACAGAAAAAAUUAGUAGCGUUACUAUGCCAGUACGUUGGAUUAAUUUAGGAACUCCAUUAUACCCAGUAAAAAACAAUGAAUUUUAUGAUAUACUUAAUUCUAGUGAUGUUGUUAUACAAUUUACUAAAAAAAAUCCUUUUGAAUGGAAAGAUACACCUUCAAUAGGUAGAUUCAAAAGAGUAGCAAUUAAAUAUCAUAAUUCAUGUUAUCAUAAAAUAAAAACAUUUUCAAGAAAUAUAGACAAUACUGAUUAUGAGACUAUGUGUAAAAAAAAUGAAUUGAAAAAGUUACAUUUUGAAUCAUGUUGUAUUGAACUUAAGUCAGAAAAAACUUUUUGUUUAAAAAACUCAAAUGCUACUUAUUUUGAUAAAAAUUUAGUUUUUUGUAACAAAAUUAUUAAAUUAUUUUCACCAGAAGAAACUAAAAAAAUGUGUUGUCAAAUGUCUGGAUAUUUAAUUAAAAAACAAACAGAAAAAAGUUUACGUAGAGAGAUUAUUUGUAAAUAUAUGAAUUUAUAUGCACACAAUUUUAGAAAAAAUUAUAAAAAAAAACGUUUUUCAAAGAAUGAUACAAUACAAUGUUAUCAAAAUGAAAGUCUUCAAUUUUACUUAGCUCCUAUUAAAUAUUUAGAUUAUUUAAAAUUAAUUUGGAAUAUUCCAAAAAUUGAUAGUGAUGAAUUAACAAUUUUGAUAUCAAGAACUAAUGAUGCAAUAUAUUAUGUGGAGAGUUUAGAAUUUGAUAUUAGAACUUUUAUUAAAAUGCUACAAAAUUAUCGUACUAAAGAAAAAAAAGGUAUUUUAAUGAAAAAAGAAACAAGAAAAAAAAAUAUGGUAAACAGUACUAAUGUAAAAAGUAUUGUUUCAAAAUUAUCAAUGGAUGAAUUUUUAACAAUUACAAAAUUUACAAAUAUACUUUUAAACAAAUCAGAUCACGUAAUAUUAUUAAGUGGUGGAAAUUCUCAUGGUCCUAGUAUGGCGAUAAUGCAUAUUUUUCACCAAUUAGCAAACUAUUUCUUGCCUUUUAAUAAAUUAAUAAAAUUUAGUAUUGUUGAUGUUACUGAAAUUGAUGUACCUUAUGCAAUGAAAACUGAAAGAAUUCCAGCACUAUAUUUUCAAUCAUCAAAAAAUUUAGAAAUAUCAUCUUUUUAUCCAAAAGAAUUACCUUUUACUUUUCCUAAUAUUUUUGCAUUUAUUAUAUCACGAUGCCAGGUUGAAUUAAAAUGGAGAAUCGCAAUAACAUCGUGUACCAAGGAGUGUUUCAUUAACAAUAAAAUUGAAUUAGAUAAAUUUAAUAGCAAAAUUACUGAUUUUAUUCAAAAGUCUCAAAUUCUUCAAAAAAAUUACAACACAGAAGAAUUAAACAAAGUUAUUGAAAUAAAAAUAAUGCAAAAAAAAUUAACGACAGAGUUAAGCAAAUUUAUAGAUGAAUUAGAUAAAAAAUAUAUUCUUAAUUUUCAACAAACAAUUAUCAAAUGGGUUCUUUAUAAUUUCAAAACUUAA